AUGAAAUUUUAUCAACGUGCGCUUGACAUGCAAAAGAAGUAUUAUCCAAAUGGUCAUGUGAACAUGGCAAUAACUCUCACUAAUAUUGGCACAACAUUUCGUAAACAACAAAAAUUCGAUGAAGCGAUUGAAUAUCAUCAAAAAGCAUUAGAAAUUCAACAGAAAUAUUACUCAUCUGACAAUAUCAUCAUAGCUGGUACCAUUAAUCGUCUCGGUCAUGUUCUGCAUGAUGAAAGAAAGUAUGAUGCAGCAAUUGAUUAUUAUCAAAGGGCACUUUCAAUACAAGAGAAUGUCUAUCCUAAUAGUCACAUUGAAACUUCUUAUACUCUCAGCUUUAUUGGUAACAUUCUAUAUGAACAAAAGAAGUACGAUGAAGCUAUUGAGGUUUAUCGAAAAGCCUUAGCUAUUCAAGAAAAACAUUAUGAAUUAGCACAUGUCGACAUCGCGAAAAACUUGAAUUUUAUUGGUGUUGUCCUAUAUAGCCAAGAGAAAUAUAAUGAAGCCGUUGACUUUUAUCAACGAUCAUUAACUAUUCGAGAAAAAUUCCAUUCAUUUGAUGAUGCUGGUAUCGCUACCGUUCUUAAUAACAUUGGUAAUGGCCUUUAUUGGCAAAGAAAAUAUGAUAAAGCUAUUGACUUCCAUCAACGAGCACUGAUACUUCGAGAGAACUUUGAUGCAGCUAAUCAUGUUGGCAUUGUUGAUAGUCUGAUAAAUAUCGCCAAUGUUCUAAGAGAUCAGGAAAAGUAUAAUGAAGCUAUCGAGUUCCAACAACGAGCGUUGAUGAUACGAGAAGAACAUUAUCCUUCUGAUCAUGUGAAAAUUGCUUAUAGUUUGGGCAACAUCGCUAUCAUUCUGAGUAAACAAACAAAAUAUGAUGAAGCUCUCGAGUUUCAUCAACAAGCGUUAAAAAUCUACGAAAAAUGCUUUCCAUCUAAUCCUGCUGAUAUUGCUAAUGGUCUUAUCAAUAUUGCUGAUGUCCUGAGCACACAAGGAAAAUAUGAAGAAGCUAUCAAGUUUCAACAAAGAGCAUUAACAAUUCGAGAAGAAAAUUAUUCCUCUUGUCAUGAGAAAAUUGCGGACAGUCUCAAACGAAUCGGCGACAUUCGAAUUGAUCAAAUCCAAUACAAUCUAGCACUCGAUUGUUAUGAGCGAGCUCUAACAAUUCUUGAAAAAUGUUAUCCAUCUGGUCAUGUUAAUAUUGCUGAGAAUCUGAGAAAUAUUGGCAUACUCUUAAAUAUGCAAGAAAAAUAUGAUGAAGCACUCGAUUUCUGCCAACGAGCAAUGGCAAUUUAUCAACAAUGUUGUCCAUCCAAUCAUGGAAGUAUUGCUAGUUGUCUGAAUUGUAUCGGUAAUAUAUUUUGUAGUCAAGAAAAAUAUGACGAGGCGCUCGAUUUUUAUUACCAAGCAGUGACAUUUUACAAGAAAUAUGUAUCCAAUCAUCCGGAUACCGCUACUUGUCUGAACAACAUAGCUGAAGUUUUCAAAAGACAAACGAAAUAUAAUGAAGCUCUCGACUUUCAACAACAAGCAUUGGAAAUUCUCAAAAGUAACUCGCCUAGUGAUCGAUUCGAAAUUGCUGGCAGUCUUAAGAGCAUCGGUUAUAUUCUGCUUCAGCAAAGAAAAUAUGAUGAAUCUCUCGACUAUUAUCAACAAGCAUUAAUCAUAUUCGAAGAAUAUUAUCCCAAUGAUCAUAUUGAAAUUGCUGAUUGCCUAUCCUGGAUCGCUGCAAACUUCGAUCGAAAUUUCCAGUUCGAUCUCGCUAUUGCAUAUUUGGAAAGAUGGUUAUUGAUUGUAGAAGCUAGUUCAUUUCCAACGGAUGUUUCCUUUACAAACGUACUACCGUGGUUGUCACAGAUACACAGAACGAGGAGCCAGUAUGAACUCUGUCUUUUAUAUGAACAGAAUUGUUUCUUAAUGCGUCUCAAAGUUCUACCACCAGAUCAUGAAGAUAUUGGUGAUAGUUUAUCAAACAUAGGUGAGAUUUACGAAAAGCUUCAUAAACCUACGUUGGCACUUGAUUAUUAUCAACAAGCAUUAGCUAUCUACAGGAAAUGUCUUUCUCCUUGGCAUGGUAAACUAUGGAAGACGAAAUCGAAUAUUGAACGACUUUCGGAAUAG